CUGCCGGCUGCAGUCCCUGCUGUCGCGCUGCCAGGGCUGAGUCACCGGGCACGGCACCCAGCGGGGCCGGGGGCACCGCGCACCCACCGGGGCCCCGCGGGGCGCCGAGCCACGGAGACCCCCCAGCUGGGCAGGUGGUGGCUCUGUUCCGGGGCGGGGGGACCCCCCCGUGAGCCGGCAGUAAACAGGAUACGAGCGGCGGGGAGACAGCGGCAGCAUCGCCCCGGCCCGGCUGAGCCGGUUCGUGCCCCCCGAGACCCUCCCAGCCCGGGCAGAGCCGGUUCGUGCCCCCCGAGACCCUCCCAGCCCGGGCAGAGCCGCGGGAUGAGCGGGGGGGUCGCUCCCCAGAGCCCCCCAGGUGCCUCUGCAGAUGCUGGCAUCGCUGGUGCACGCCCGGCGCGCUGAGCAGCCGCUGUCCCCGCGCUGUCCCCGCGCUGUCCCCGCGCUGUCGCCGCCGCCCCGCAUGGCGCUGCGGCCCGAGGCGCUGCUGGACCUGAGCUUCCUGACGGAGGAGGAGCGCGGCUGCAUCGCCCGGGUGCUGCGGCGAGACCGGCAGCUCCGCCGGAGGGAGCAGGGCCGCGUCAGCAAGCUCCGGCAGUCGGUGUCGGACCCGGCGCGGCUGCGGAGCCUCAGCGGGGACUGGUUCUGCCUGGCCCGGGCGCAGCGCCACCAGCCCGCGCUGGGCUCCGACCUGGUGCGCGCCUCCAUCCGCCGCAGGAGCCCAGCCCGGGGACCCGCGGAGCUGGGGCGCCUGGAGCCGCGGGCAGAGGAGGAGGAUGAUGAGGAUGAGGAGGAUGAGGAGGAGGAUGAGGAUGAGGAUGAGGAUGGUGCCUUGGGGACGGACGAGAGCUGCCCCCCGGAGGAGCUGCAGGAGGUCACUGUGCCCCAGCCCAGCCCCCCCGCCCCGGCCGUGGAGGGGACCCCAGUGUCACAGCCCGGGCCGCAGGGUGACAGCCCGGCGAGGGAGCGGGAGCAGCCAGGUGACACGGGAGGUCCCUCCCCCGGCCCGUGCAGCACGGAGGAGGAUGAGGAGGAGGAGGAGGAAGCACACAGCAGCCACAGCGCUGGGCAGCGACCAGAGACCCCCCAGAGGGAUCAGAACCCCCCAGAGCCAGUGUCCCCACAGAACGGCCACAGCCCCCCGAGCCUGCUGAGCACCAGCUCCUCCGUGUCCAGCCUCAGCUCCUCCACGCUGAGCGGGAGCCUGAGGAGCCUGUACAGCGAGGCCGAGCUGGGCCGCGUGGCCGUGCGCGGCUGCGUGCAGUUCUCGCUGCGCUACCGCGCGGCCGACCAGGAGCUGCAGGUGCACGUCCUGCGCUGCCGGCAGCUGGCCGAGGCCAAGAAGCAGCGCUCGGACCCGUACAUCAAGACGUACCUGCUGCCCGACAAGUCCAACCGCAGCAAGCGCAAGACCGCCGUGAGGAAGAGGAGCUUGGAUCCCGUCUUCAACGAGACCCUCAAGUACAAGCUGGAGGAGAGGGACCUGCAGGGCCGGACCCUGAACCUGUCCGUGUGGCACCACGACAGCCUGGGCAGGAACCUCUUCCUGGGCGAGGUGGAGGUGGCGCUGGGCACCUGGGACUGGGCCAACACCCGCCCCGAGUGGUUCAGCCUCCAGCCGCGGGUGCCCGUCCCCCCGGGCGGCCUGGCCAGCCGCGGCAGCCUCAACCUGGCGCUCAAGUUCAUCCCGGCCGGCUCGGAAGGAGCGGGGCUGCCACCCACGGGCGAGCUGCACAUCUGGGUGAAGGACGCCCGGAGCCUCGUCCCGCUGCAGGGCGGCACCGUGGACGCCUUCGUGCAGUGCUACGUGCUGCCGGAUGACAGCAAGGCCAGCCGGCAGAAGACGCGGGUGGUGAGGAGGAGCCUGAGCCCCCUGUUCAACCACACCAUGGUGUACGACGGCUUCCAGGCCAGGGACCUGGCCGAGGCCUGCGCCGAGUUCACGCUCUGGCACCGCGAGGCCUUCGCCAAGCGCCAGCUGGGCGGCGUGCGCCUCAGCCUGGGCACGGGCAGCAGCUACGGGCUGCCCGUGGGCUGGAUGGACUCCACGGCCGAGGAGCAGCGCGUGUGGCAGCAGCUGCUGGAGCAGCCCCGGCGCUGGGUGGAGGCUCUGCUGCCCCUGCGCACCGACCUGGUGCCCCGGGCAUAGCCCCGGGCGUAGCCGGUGCCAGGGCCGUGCCACCCGGGGUGCCCUCCCCUCCAGCAGCAACGAAGCGGCACCGGAGGGCACAUCUGGCAGAUUUUAUUGCUGUGGGCACAGCUGGUGCUGCUCAUUGCCCUGACCUCCCCUCGGCUGUGGGGCUGCAGCUGCUGCGUCCCACUGCUCCCAGUGUGGGGCCGUGCCCUCCAGCCCCGUCCCUCCAGCCCCGGGUGUGGCCCUGGGGGGGCACUGAUGCCCCUUUUCUCGCUGGGUACCCCUCCCUGGGCUGCCCUGCCCCCCUGGCACACCCACACUGCGUCACUGGGAGGGCUGGGGCCACUCGGGGCCACCCACCCAUCCCACCCUGAGGGCAGAGCAGCCUGACCCCCGAGGCUUUCUGCAACCAGGAUGUCCCAGUUCAGCCCCACUGCCGGGGCUGCGGGGUGGCAGGAGCUGUGACAGGGGCUGUGACAAUGACACCGACGCCAGAAAUUACAG